AUGUGCCCCAAUACCGCCGUAACGAGGCCCAGUAGAGCACGGAGGCUGGAAACGCACGGCACUCGCAAAACUGAAAAUUCACCCCUGGGGGGUGGGGCUGGGAGGGGAGCCCCGGGAACACCACCAAGAACAAAAUGUGUUCAACUGCGGUGGUGUUGGGUACGACCAUACUUGGCCGAAUGCAACAUAUCCCGUCCGAUUUGUGAAGUUAAGCGGCCACGGGCCUCGUUAGUACGGCGGUCAGUGAUGGCGCUGGAACCCGGGGUGCCGUACCCUCCUCAACUUUUUUUUUGCCAACAUCUUGGGGUAGGUGCCUCGGCUCUGGGGUGA